AUGGGCUGCAUCAGUUCCAAGCCCGUCGAGAUGGACAAGGAAGCCAUCUCGCGCAAUGCCCGUAUCGACCGAUCCAUCAAGAAUGACAAGAAGACAAUGGACCGGACGAUCAAGAUUCUGCUGUUGGGUGCGGGAGAGUCCGGCAAGUCGACCAUCAUCAAGCAAAUGCGAAUUAUUCAUAGCGGAGGCUUCCCCGAGGAAGAGCGUCACCAAACGCGAGCGGUCAUCUACUCGAAUGUUGUCAUCGCCUUCAAGGUGUUGCUGGAUAUCAUGAAUUCGGAAGGUAUUAAUUUCGAGCGCGAGACCACAAAGACAUCGGCGGACCUUCUAGAAGGUACAGAACCAGAUGUAGGGUCCGACGAGGCCUUCUCCGACCUGAAGAUCCGCGAUGCGAUGAGGGAAAUGUGGAACGAUGCGGGUGUUCAAAAGGCAGUUGCUCGAGGACACGAAUUCGCCCUUCACGAUAAUCUGUACUACUUUUACGACUCUUUGGAUCGCAUUUUCACACCGAACUGGCUUCCUGAUAACCAGGACAUGCUUCAAGCACGACUUCGCACAACGGGUAUCACGGAAACAUUGUUCGAAUUGGGCCAGAUGAAUUUCCGUAUGAUGGAUGUUGGAGGUCAGCGGUCAGAACGGAAGAAGUGGAUUCAUUGCUUCGAAGGUGUACAGUGUCUGCUGUUCAUGGUUGCUUUGUCUGGAUACGACCAGUGCUUGGUCGAAGAUCAGAACGCGAACCAAAUGCAUGAAGCCAUGAUGUUGUUCGAGUCACUCGUCAACGGCGAGUGGUUCAAGCGCAAGCCUAUCAUUCUUUUCCUGAACAAGAUGGAUCUGUUCAAGGGGAAACUCGAGAUUUCCAACAUCUCGAAACACUUCCCGGAUUACACAGGUUCCAACACCGACUUUGAUGCUGCUGUACGAUACUUUUCCGACCGAUUCCGCGGUAUCAACCGCAUUCCUGACCGCGAGAUCUACAUCCACCGAACCAACGCCACCGACACUACCCUGCUGAAGGCCACCAUGGAUUCAGUACAGGACAUGAUUAUCCAGAAGAACCUGCAUACCUUAAUACUAUAA